ACUUUGGGAUGGAAUCGGUACCUUAUGGAGGAACUCUUAUACCUCCUAUUAACUUUGGUAUGGUGGAGACCGACUUGUAUCGUUCUGGUGUACCGAAUGAACUAAGUUUUCCAUUUUUGGAAAAGUUGCAGUUGAAAAAAAUUCUCUAUUUGGCUCCUGAUGAAGUCUCUCAACAAUUUUUGAACUUUGUGGACGACCAAGGAAUCGAACUGGUGGCUUUGGGCUGGGAUGGUGAAAAAAGCCCUUGGAAGCCUAUUUCUGAAGAAGUCGUUUUAAAUGCUCUUGACUGUAUUUUGAACGUAGAUAAUUAUCCUUUGCAUGUUAUGNAAAACUACAACGAUGGAAUUUAACUUCCAUCUUUGAAGAAUAUCGAAGGUUUGCAGGGAGCAAAGUUC